GGCGGGGUUUCCUUUGCCUCAUCCCGAGGGGCUGGGUGCCCGCUGUAGGGCACCCGGCUCUUCGCUGGCGCCUCGGGGUUUGGGAGUCUGGAGUCCUACCUCCGCACCUUGGGACCCUUUUAUCCGAGGGUCUGGGCAUCAGGUGGGAAAGACCCCUGAGGGGAGACAGCAUCUUACCCUCUUCCAGGCAGUCCAGGAGGGAGCCGGGCCCCAUUACCGUCCGAGGGUCUCGGGUGGGGCUGAGUGAAGCAGCCACCUGUCUUAUGCCGCAGAAAUCCUGGGGUGGAGAUAUUUUCAUCUUGGUUUUCUGCCUGGUCUGUCCUCUCCUUCCACCAGGAGGCAGGGGACGGUUUUUGCACUUUCUUGCUAGGAACCUGAAGCCGCAAAGCUGAUGGCAUCCUUCUUCCCUGUCCAGGAAAGCGAAGCGACUGGUUUGGGAACAGAAUGCUCUAUGAUUUGGAGCUCCUCCCAUCCCAUUAAAGCCAGGAUGCUGUCUGAAUGUCGGAUUGCACAUCCCAUUGUAAAAUGUACUUACUGCAGAUCAGAAUUUCAACAAGAAAGCAAAACGAAUACAAUUUGUAAGAAGUGUGCUCAAAAUGUGAAGCAAUUUGGGACCCCAAAACCUUGUCAGUACUGUAACAUAAUUGCAGCAUUUAUCGGUACCAAGUGCCAGCGUUGCACAAAUUCAGAAAAAAAGUAUGGACCACCUCAGACUUGUGAACAGUGCAAACAACAAUGUGCUUUUGAUCGGAAGGAGGAAGGAAGAAGAAAGGUUGAUGGAAAAUUACUGUGCUGGCUGUGUACUUUAUCAUACAAGAGAGUUUUACAGAAGACAAAAGAACAAAGGAAGAGCCUGGGAUCUUCUCAUUCAAAUUCUUCAUCUUCAUCUCUCACGGAGAAAGACCAGCAUCAUUCUAAACAUCAUCACCACCAUCAUCAUCAUCACCAUCGUCAUAGCAGUAGCCAUCACAAAAUCAGCAAUCUCAGUCCAGAACAAGAGCAGGGACUGUGGAAACAAAGCCAUAAAUCCUCUGCAGCAAUUCAGAAUGAAACUCCAAAGAAAAAGCCCAAAUUGGAAUCUAAGCCAUCUAAUGGAGAUAGUAGCUCUAUAAAUCAGUCAGCAGAUAGUGGGGGAACAGACAAUUUUGUCCUUAUAAGUCAACUGAAAGAAGAGGUGAUGUCACUUAAGCGUCUCUUACAGCAAAGAGACCAGACCAUUUUAGAAAAAGAUAAAAAGUUAACUGAACUAAAGGCAGACUUUCAGUACCAAGAGUCAAAUUUGAGAACAAAGAUGAACAGUAUGGAAAAAGCUCACAAAGAAACUGUGGAACAACUUCAGCAACCAAUGUACUAGUAGGAUUCUCUACUGAGGCCAAAAACAGAGAACUACUCAAACAGGUUGCAGCAUUGUCAAAGGGUAAAAAGUUUGACAAAAGUGGAAGCAUACUAACAUCUCCUUGAAAAGGUUGUUUAUUUAGUGUUUCUGCUUAUAGUGUAAAUUUGGGGAAAAAAAUUCUGUGAAGCCCUUAAAUUCUGUGUUGUAGAAAAUAUUUUUGCACACCAAAUAAUUUGGUGUGUUUCCUAUUCACUUUUUGUAAUUGAUAUACAGCAUUUUUUAAGUUGUAAACAUUCAAAUAAAAACUUCAACUGGUUUGAAGUACCUUUCUAAUUAUUUGAUAUCCAGGAAAUUCUUGCCAGCAAUAGUAUUAAACAGUUGUAAAGGAGUGCAUGAGUAGUGCUCUUUAUGAAAUGAAACAUGCAAUAAUAGAGGUAGGUAUGGUUUUAAGAAGUAAGAGCAGUAGGGUUUUUUGGGUUUUUGUUUAACACUAUGCUAAUUUCAGAAAAAAAAUUAGUUUUCAAUUUAGAAAUACAAAAACUUUUAAACAGGAAAAUGGUGAACACUGGUUUUUUUGGAAUUGUAUUUUUACUUUGCAUCAACAUGAAUUUAGGAGAGAAUCAUGGUGCUUUUAUUAAAUGAACUUCAGAGUAUAUGUAAAUAUGUUUUUAAAAUUUACAUCAUUAACAUUAGUUAGUAACCUAGCAUUUUCAUUACUGGUAUAGGAAUUAACAUUUAUUGUACAGUAUCCAAGGUAAAAUGUGUUUUUGUUUUGUAAAAACUACUGUAGAUUUUUACUUACAAGUGCCUUUUUGCCACCUAAUGUUUUUAUUUAUAGGAAUGCUGAUAUUUUGUACAUACAAUUUGUUUUAAAAUCAUGUUCAAUAAGUGUUUGUAUAUAAAUACAUAUGUAUAGAAGCCUAUUUCAAAAGAAAUAAAAGUUGCUAAUAACAUUUGAGGUUGCAUUAAAGAACUAACUGAUAAUGCAUAGAGACUUUAGGUGAUUUAUGGUUGGUUUUCUAUGUGUAAGGGAAGCUGUUGGUCAUUGAAUUCAUUUAAUUAUAUUGAAGUACUUCCCUAAAGAUUUAAUUUUAAAUCAUUUCUGAUAGAGUGUUUUUAUUUUUUAUGGUAUGUGGCUUCAUGUUCAUAUUUUGUGAAUUACAUGUUUUACUUUAUAUACAUAUUUUAUAUAUAAAAUUUCUUUAAAGUUUAUGUUUCUGCAGCGGUCCAUAUAUCUGCUUUCCCCAUAACUUGUGGUUAUCUAAGUUAAUAUUUAUGUGCACAAUACUUAUUCUGUAAACUUAAUGCAAAUCUGGAAAAUUAAAUAACUUUAUAUUCUAAUCUGUGCUUACCUUUGAAUAAAUUGAGUCUACUAUAAUGUUCAGGCACUAUUUAUAAGUAAAUUGUCUCAAAGUCUUCAAAAUUGCCUAUAAAAAAAAAAAAGGUUAAGAUAGUGUGGGGUGUGUUACAUGAAGUUAUUGACUAAAAUUCAGAUCUAGUUUUUUUCAGUCUAUAGUGGAAAUUGAUCUACUUAACAUCAGUUCAGACUUUUAGUUCAAUAUUAAAACCCUCAGGCAUUAUAAAAUAUACACUGUAUAGAGGAAAAGAGUUAUUUCCCUUAGAAAUUUUUUGGUAAAGAUAAAUUUCCAGUAAAUUUUAAAUUGAUCUAUUUUGAAGGUUUUGUUUUUAAAAGUUGAUUAUGAAUUUCAUAUCAAAUUGGCUUUAUAAAGGACAUGAGUAUAGCAAUUCUUUUUAACAUCAUUCUUGUUUCAGUGGACUAUUCUAUAGUUGUUCAUUAAUCUUUGUCCAAUUUGGAAACACAUAAUCUAAGGUAAUUUUCAAGAAAUAGUAAAUGAUUGAAUCAGCCAUAUUUGGAAAAAUUAAGCUGGUUUUUAAAAAUGAGACCUUCAUGCAGUACUCUUCUUAAAUUUAGUACUCUCAACCAUGGUAGAUACUGCCUUAACAUGGAUUUCAGUAUUUGCAAUAUUUGCUGAGUUCAUAAAUGAUCAUUCUUUAAAAAUUUUAAUGUUUUAUAUUUUGGUUUCAUAGCCAUUUGUCAAUCCACGGAGAUUAUGAUUCUACCGUAAACUGUGUGAUGGUUUUUAUACCUUCCUGAAAAUGCUUCACAAGAAAAUUGCCCAUCUCCCAUUAUCUAAAGUUAAAAUAGAAAAUCAGUUUAAAUGAUUAAGCUUUAUACAUUUCAAGGCUAAAACCAUUUAGGGGCUUCACAGUAUUUCCUAAUUAAAUACUCUCUCUUUAUUCCAUUACCUUAUUUUUUAUAAUUUAAAUUUUUUAUAAUUGUAUAAAUUAGUAAUUGAGUCCCAGUCCUGAUCUGUAGUGUAUUGACAUAAUGAGCUGAUAUUCUUUAAAUGUGGGCCUGUAAGGGGAUACUAUGGUGUGCUGUAUUGUGCUUCUAGCCUGUUUUCCACAAUUAAUUAGCAUUUACCAGUUAGGGUCAUUUUGGCUCAAGUAAUUUGUGUAUUAAUAGCCUGUGAAUAUUGCAGUCCUUUUUAGAUUGUAUUGGUCUAAAUAAACAUUCGGCAGUGAACCUGGUAAGCUGUUCACAUGUAUAGACUAUUGAAAUACUGUACUUGUACACAUCUGACUGUUGACAUUUUGUACUUUUUUCUAAAUCCAAUAUUUCACAAUAAAAACUUGGCAAAAGUU